AUGCGUUUCUUCGAUGACCACCAGGCAUUACCGCGAGAGCCUACCACUGCUGCCACUACCAAUACCACUACUACAAACACUCCCACAAGCACCCCCACUGCCAAUACCACCACUCCACCAGCAACCACCUCCCACCCCCUCCCCACCAGCCCCCACCCCAAACCCCCCAAGCCCCCGCGCUCGCGCAAAGGCCGCAUCGCCGACCCCACCAAGUCGUGCACGAUCUGCAAAACCUCCAAAACCUCGCUCUGGCGCAAGGCAGACAUCGACGGCGAGAACGUCACCGUGUGUAAUGCGUGCGGCAUCAAGUGGAAGACGAAUGCGCAGCGCGCGGCGCAGCAGGUGGUCGGCGACACGAUUGUGGUGAAGGGAGUGGAGGAGGGGAAUGGGGGCGGGGUGACGGGGAUGGAUGUGGGGACGGGCGUGGGAGGGACGGGGGUGGCAGUGGGAAUGGGGCCGGUGGUGGGGAUGCAGAUGGGGGGGUUGCUGCCGGGUGCGGUUGGUACUGCGCCGGUGAUUGCUCCUGCGGUUCCUCAGGUGGGUGUGCCGGCGGGUGCGCCGAUGGUUAUUCCUGCAGUUGUGCCUGUGGCUGCUCCGGUGGUUGCGCCUGUGGUUGCUCCUACGGUUGCCCCUACAGUUGCUCCUGUUGCCGCUGCACCGCCGCCGAUACAGACACAACCGCAACCGCAGACGCAACCACAGAUACAGGUGCAGACCCAACCGCAGACGCAGACGCAGACACCCCAAGAUGCGCCAGUGGCCUAG